AUGAACUUUUUGACGCACGCCAGCAGCGGAGUCUACAAGAAGUGGCAAGAAACGAACAAGGCCCACAGCGAUUCGUCUGCUCCUUUCACUGCCGCGAACGCCAGCCCACUUGGCAAGCCAGGGAUCUGUGCAUUAACAGUUUCUGCCAUAAAACCAGCUGGAGAGGCCGGCAGUACGCAUGAAGGCACCCCGGCGGCACCUCCUCCAGGAGAAAAACCGGCACCGUCGUCGGAAGCCCCUGCAGCUCCGCCAGCCGGCACAUCAGACAAUGCGGCACAUGGACCCGGACAGGCAGCUGCCUCUUCAACCCCUCAAGGCCCGCCCAACCCCUUCAGUUCCGUCCCUCCUGCCAGCGGCACUGAUGGAACAACCACCACUACAACAUCAACCCCAGUCAGCCCCGUUGCUGCGAAACACACGAAAAACCAUGCGGACAGCAGUUACACCACCACCACGUUUUUGCCGACACCUCUGCUGCUGCCGCUGCUCGUGGCUGCCGUUGCCUGCGCUGCUGGGUGGGGGUGA